GGCCGCGAACAUGGCGGAGCUGGUGCGGGAGGAGCUCCAGGCCUUGGCGGCGAUUUUCUGCGGUCCGCACGAGUGGGAGGUGUUGAGCCGCUCAGAGACAGAUGGGACUGUGUUCAGAAUUCUCACGCGGGCCCAAGGACUUCUUGAUGCGGACACGCCCUUGGAGCUGGUGUUCCACCUGCCCGUCCACUACCCUUCGUGUCCACCCCGUGUUGCUGUGAACUCUGAGCCUCUGACCCGAGCCCAGUGUGCAGCCGUGGAGGAGAGGAUGCUUGAGCAAGCACAGAGCCUUUUGAUGGGGCCCAUGGUUCACGAGCUGGUUCUGUGGGUUCAGCAGAACCUCAGGCACAUCCUCGACCAACCAGAAACUGGAGGUGGCCGUCAGAAGUGUGCUGUGUCAGCGAGCGCGGCCACGGCGGGUGACGGACUGUGGCUGACUCUCCUGCACCUGGACCACAUGCGAGCCAGGGGCAAGUACGUGAGGACCGUGCAGAAGUGGGCUGCAGACCUCGGGCUGACGGGAAGACUGAUGUUCCUCGGCAGAACAAUACUGAUCUUGCUCCAGGGGGAGCGCAACAACAUCAAGGUGCCGAAAGACUACCUGGUUCUGCAGAAAAGCUCCAAAGUGGAUGUGGACUCCAGUGGGAGGAAGUGCAAAGAGAAAAUGCUCAGCGUCCUCUUUGACUCAGAAGCGCAGAGGGAGCACAGGAGGUUUCUGGAGUUCGAGGUCAAGGAGUAUUCUGCACUGGACGAGCUGCGAGCGGAGUUUGAGGCAGCCGGGCUCUCCAGGCUCUUCUCCCAAGUUCUGGGGCUGCUGAAGUGAAGAGGGCGCGUGACAGCGCCGCAGCGGGUCGCUGGCCUCGGGACUGGCUCGCGGGAGUGGUCGUAGCAGCACUUUUAAACUUUCUCUGAAGCAAGACGGCCUCGUUUGCUGGAACAAAGCAGUCUGUUCUGUGGAAUGUUAAACAUGGCAAGACCCCGUAUGAGCUAAUUUUUGCUAAGUUUACUAGCUAGAACAUUAUUUGGAAGAUAAAUAAAAAAGAUGAUAGUAAGUGACUCCUCGUUUUCAUGUGGACUGUUUGUGUGGAACUAUGCAAUUU